GGGUUGGGCUCCCGCAUCUACGCAUGCGCCAUGAUGGCUGACUUUGUCACCUUUCUCCAGGCGAACAACCUGGAUCCAGCGAGCCCAAUCGCGGAGAUAUACGCAAAUUGCUACUGGGCAGGGUGGAGUUUGACGACAAGAAGUUGCUCCAAACGAACGAUCGAUGAUGUCCCAGUUGGCUCGCUGACCCAUCUCAACCUUGCGUUUGCAUAUAUCGAGCCGGAAACAUUUGAAAUUGUACCCAUGCCACGUACCUCGGACGAUGUCUUCUCUCAGAUCACAAACCUGAAACAAAAGGCGCCAGGUCUCAAGAUCUGGAUCUCGUUGGGUGGUUGGACAUAUAGCGAUAACAAUACCGAUACGCAGGCUGUUUGGGGAGAUCUUGCACGCACGGGCGCCAAUCGGUACAAAUUUGCCGCGAAUCUGCACAAGUUCAUGAAGACAUGGGGAUUUGAUGGAGUCGACCUGGACUGGGAGUAUCCGGGUGCACCAGAUCGCGGGGGUAAACCGGAUGAUCCGGGUAACUUUGUUCUUCUUCUCGAAGCACUCAACACGGUAUUUGAGCUCGCCGGAGAUGAUUAUGGUAUCUCGUUCACCGCACCCUCUUCUUAUUGGUAUUUGCGAUGGUUCAAGAUCGACCUGCUUUGGAAAUACGUUUCUUGGAUCAAUCUUAUGUCUUACGAUCUACAUGGCAGCUGGGAUGCGCCCGGCACUUACAUCGGUCCGUACGUCUAUGCACAUACCAACAAGACAGAGAUCAAGGAAUCUCUUGACUUGUUCUGGCGUAUGGGUGUACCUGCAGAUCGCAUAAAUCUGGGUAUAGGGUUCUAUGGUCGGUCGUACACCCUCGAGGACGCGAAUUGCAACAAGCCUGGUUGCAAGCACUCAGCACCUGGCGUGGCUGGGCAAUGCACCGGUGAAAGCGGUAUACUUUCCUUCGCCGAGAUUGAGUCAUAUAUCAAGCGCUUCAACCUCGAAAAGAUUUACGAUAAGGAGGCUGGAGUGAAGUAUCUGGCUUGGGGCUCCAAUAAUCAGUGGGUGUCUUACGACGACGAAGAAACGCUCCAGGACAAGGUCGAUUUCGCGAAAGAACAAGGUCUGCUUGGUCUAUUUGUUUGGUCUAUAGACCUUGACGACACGGACCACACGGCACUGAAAGCCCUCUUAGGCGGAAAACUCGAUGUCUUUGCUGAGCAAAACGGAUACGAUUCAAGCGCUAUUGAUGAAGGUGAUUUCGGCUCUGCGACAGGAACGGAAUGCGCAUGGUCGUCCUGUGGUACCACAUCGUGUGGUGCUGGCUAUCAGUCAGCUGGCGCUCAGCAAUACUGCGGCAUGCGUGACGGCAAAGCUCAGAGGCAGACUUUGUGCUGCCCUCUGAAGUCAACUCCGGAUCCAAAGAAAUGCAGAUGGUCUGGAGGUCAACAAGGUAUCGAGGGGUUCUGGUGCUCAGGCGCUUGUCACGACGGCGAGAUACCUGUUGUAUCAAGUACGGAGCCCUAUAUCGACGAUGAGCACCUGUCCUGCUGGUUUGGCUUUGCACAAUACUGUUGUGAGAGUUCUACUGGUGGUGUCAACGAUGUAUGUGGUUGGACAGAUGAGUGUCUGAAUUUGAAGGAUGGGAGGCCGCAGAACUCAAACAGUCUCAAAAGCGUCUGUGGAAAUCGCAACUUCGUGACCACCAAACGUGGAACAUGCCAAGGCAACAAGGGCGUCUCCUAUUGCUGCGACAAAGGCAUCGACACAUCUUCGUGUUACUGGAACGAGGGCGGCAAUGUCCCGAUCUGUUCGAACUCGGAGUUUUGCAGUUCAACCACUAGCAAAAUCGACCAGGAUCAGCACGGCGGACCAAAUGGCGAUGGCAAAGGAGAUGGUACACACGAGUGCAAGUACACGAUACCUCAACAGAUGGGCGUCUGGUCGUGGUACAAUGCAGACCUCGCCUUUUGUUGCGAUACUAGAGGCAUGGGCAAGGAAACCAUCAAUCUGCCCGUGCCUUUGAAAAACCUGUUCCCUACCCCUGGACCCGACUCGAACACCGAGAAGAUUACCAUCAAAGUUGAUCAGACAAUGGGUGGCCAAAUCACACCAGGAAAUAGCAACGAUCCUGAUGAUCAUGCCUUUGGCUUUUACAUCAUGUCCGGCCCCGAAGACGAAAUCACGACAGUCAACAAACGCGAUGGCUCACAUUGGGAACUUUUCGACUGCGACAACUCCGUCGGCGAGAAUCGCCAAACUGUGAAGGCGGUAUGUACGGACUCGUCUGAAAACAGUAAUUGCGACAUCAUUUUCACAGGUGGCCUGGAGCACACUGUCGUCGAGAUGCCUAGCGACUGCGGCCCUGGCAAAUAUGCUGUCGCGAGGAAAAUGGAGUCGUCGACCGCGCAUGCCCACAUUCGACACAGACUGGAGAAGCGGGGGCUUAGCGAUGCCGCUGUAUACGACUUCACAUUCGACUACGACUUCACGACGUUCGAAAAGCGCGCUGAUCAGUCUAAUGUUUUGGUACGCAUCGACUAUAGUGACAACCCUGGCUAUUGGGAUAGCAUUAUCGAAGCACCUCCUGGAAAGCACAAGCGCAAACGAGACCUGGAGAUUGAGACAAUGUUCGGUGGCAACAAGAAGGCUUGGCUGGAACACACUUGGCGCAAGGAAAAGCGCGAGCUGCACUACACUGAGUUGCACAAGAGAUGGUGGUCAGGCAGCUGGAAAGAAUGGUGGGACAAACAAAGAGACGUCGACAUCAAGUAUGAGGGUGUCAGGCACCGGGUGCAUGAGCAAUUCAACAUCAAGAUCUUCGAGGAGACCCUGACAGAUUGUGCAGAGUGGGCGGAUGAUCUAUACUUCAAAAGCUGGGUUGAGAUGGAUCUUGACGUCCAAACGGCAGGUGGAGUCACCGUUAUCGGCAAGCUUGGAAACCUUGAAAGUUUCGAGGAGUCUUCCGCUUGGUUCCGCACGGAGGGUCAGGUUACAGCGCAACUCAAGUUCGAAGCCUUUGGCAAGGUGUCCUUCCACACUGGUGAUGUUGAGCUGUUUGGAGCCCACAAUUUUGGCGCAACCUUCCGCGUUCCUGGUUUUGUGACCAUCGGGCCCGAUUUCCGCAUCAUUGGUUCACUUGCUGGAGAAGCACAACUGAAGAUCAAUGCAACGUAUGAGAUGGAGAUGCCUGGGUGGGAUUACUCGAUGCGAUAUCCCAUCCCCGAUGGUGAGGACGACAAACCCGACGAGGAGACCACGAAGAAAGAUGUUUCUGGAUCCGGUGGCCAUGACCCGUUUACUUGGGACCUGGACGCCUCAGGCAAGGUCACUGCACACAUCAUUCCAAAAGUGACAUUCGGCAUUGUGUUUGAUAGCUCUGCAAUAUCUAAUGCUGCGCUCGAUCUGGGUGUCGAUUCGUAUGCGCAGUUGUAUGCGGAUACGAAAGUUGGCAGCAAUCAGCCCUUCAUCUACUGCUACGGUAUGGAUGCUGGUGCAGAGCUCUUUGGAAACAUAGAAGCGCCAACAGUCUUCAAAACCAAGUGGAGCAAACAUUAUUCCCUUUGGAGCGACGAAUAUGCUGUCAUCCCUCGAUACUGCAGCGAUGGGUCUGCAUGGGAGACUUCGUACCCCUUCCCACCUUCAUUACAGGCACUGUUGGUAGAUCGCCCUAACAUGCGACUUACCUACAUCAACAACGAUCGUGGACCUCAUGCAAUGGACAAGGCUAUUCUUUCGUCUUCACAUCUGGACAACCUGGACUUUACUGCUCUUGCAUGCCGACCAGAAGCCGUUUGCCCAUCGGAGAUGUCCGAGCUGAAACAGUGCCUACUCCAAGCCCGCAACCUGAAGACUCUGCGUUUGCAAGUUGGCGCCCUUUCCGGGAGAAGGAAUGACGACUAUCAAGAAAGCCCACUCAAUCUUCCGUUUCAGGACGGUGAUAUGUUCCCGGCACUCGAGGAGUUGACCUUAGAUCCAGAGCAUCAGAACUACUUUCCAACUGCAGAGAGCUGUCAGAUGUGGUCACGUUGCAUGGAUUGGGGUCGGCUACAUACCCUAGAUUUCGGUCACGGUACCCCUACAGCCCUUCUACAAACAUUGACAGGACGUGUCUCACAGCUCAAGACUUUCAACUUCGGCUUCUGGGAAGGUUACACGGGCGCUGCGAGGGCCUGUUGGAACUCGAACAAGGACAUGAAAGUUCUUGAGCAUUUUCUCAAUUCAAUCGAUGCACUGAGAAAUGUGAAGACGUAUUGUCAUAACGACGACCACAUGCAAAUGGUGCGGCCUAAACUUCUAGCCAAGCAUGGACAAAGUCUGCGUAGUUUGGAAGCAAAGUAUUGGAGGAGCGUAGCGUGGGAACCCGAGCACUUUUACAAUCUAGCGGAGACAGCCCGAGGCAUAAAGAUAUUACGAUUGCCAAUGAAAGUGCAGAUAAAGGAGGGAACGAAGAGGUCGAGCGUAUGGCCGGACGAUCAGGCUACAGGCAAGACAUCGGCCGUCGCACGUUUGAAGAAGCUCUUCACCAUUUCUAGCUCGCAGAAGCAUGGUGUUUCGUCGCUGAAACCCUCGGCUCUGUCAUUCUCGCCAUGGACACCGCCGAGCGCCGCGACUCAUCGAUCUGUUCACUCAGCGCUAGCUUCAUUUCGCCAUCUCGAACAGCUUCACCUCACAUGUUAUCUAGAGGUAGACUCAGACCAGCUGAUUUCAUACCCGAAUUCAUGGUCAGUGGGUUCACCUCAGAUCAAAGAGAAGGUUGCCCAUGGAUUAAUGCUGCGCUUAUGGCAUGACUUUGGUCGGGAAAGCGCGAUUCAACAAAUCGAAGUGGCCUUCGUCGCAGCGGGUGGAAGUACAAAGAUAUGGCACUAUACCGUCUCCCGAAAAUGGGAGAAGAGAAGCCCACCUUCCGGGCCUUACGUCGAUAUGCAAGGCUUCAAAGAUUUCGACCUCGAAAAGGAUGUUGGUGACCUCUCGGGCAAGGUUAUCGUGAUAACCGGAGGCACCGCGGGUUUAGGAGAAGAAAGUGUUCGAGCAUUCGCGGCGCACAACCCUUUGCACAUCUAUUUCACAGGCCGGAACAUCAUCGCAGCCAACACAUUAAUCUCCGACAUCAAAGUUAAAUACCCAACAGCAUCGUUGAGCUUCAUCAAGAUGGAUCUCUCAUCUCUUCGCGCUGUCAAGGAAAGCAUAGCGGAAGGGUUCAAACACGAUCGCCUCGACAUACUAAUGAAUAACGCUGGAAUUAUAGCCAAGCCAGCCGCCCUGAGCAUCGAUGGCUACGAGAUCCAGUUUGCGACGAACUACCUCGGCCACGCGAUGCUCACCAAACAGUUGUUACCCGUUCUACUCAAGACAGCCAAAGAUCCCGACUCAGAUGUGCGCAUCAUCAGCACCACCUCUGCGGGUUACGAAUUCCAUCGCGCCAUCAAAGGUGGCAUUUCCUUUGAGGAGCUCGACUCUGGAAGCACAAUGUCCAGGUUGGUACUAGGGGGGUGGAUCCGUUAUGGCCAGUCUAAACUCGCGACUAUCCUUUUCACGAGGGAGCUCGCACGUCGGCACCCAGAGCUGACAUCCGUGGUGAUCCACCCGGGUCUCGUCAAGACACCCAUGAAUACCGAGAUGGCUGGCUUGAGCAAGUUCUUCGUGAAUGUAACGUCCCGGCUUUCGGGCGAAAAGUGGCUUGAGCCGCACCAGGGUGUUCUGAACCAGCUUUGGAGCGCAGCCGGAGCGGAGAAGGGAGCAUUGAAGAAUGGAGCAUACUACACGCCAGUGGGUGUAGAUUCGACGGAAAGAUUGACAGCAGAAGCUAAAAAUCAAGCUCUAGCAGAGAAGUUGUGGGAAUGGACCGAGAAUGUGUUGCUCAAGGUCUGA